AUGAUUCCUCCAAGUUUCAAACGCAGUUCGGAGAAGCUGCUACCCAGUGUUCAAGCGCCUACCAAGCGGCAGAGGGUGUCACCCCCUCCUGAUCAUGCUAUCUACAUGAAUGAAAGCGCUGAUGAUGACGACGUCACGAUCAAAGGCAUCACCGGCAAUUUCGCAUGUCCAUUCUACAGAAAUAAUGCUGUACGUCACAUGGCCUGCCUCAAUCUCAGAAUGGUUCGGAUUCGAGAUGUCAAGCAGCAUCUCCAGAGACGACACUCGGAGCCUCGCCACUAUUGCCCACACUGCUACAAGAGGUUCGAAACAUACUUGGAACAGUCUCAGCACGUUCAAAAUCAGUCCAUCAUAGGAUGCUCUACAAAAGACAAAGAGUUCGAUUUCGUACCACCGCAUGCGAAAGACCUUCUCAAACUCAAGGUUAGCAGGAAGGACACGGCCGAAGAACAGUGGUACACAGUCUGGGACAAGAUUUUCGAGCCAAAGCCAAGACCUGAACACCCGUACAUGGGGACAGUCAUAGAGGAAGUCACCAUUAUGUUGCAAGAAUUCUGGCAGCGUGAAGGAGAUCAGAUUGUUUCAAGGUUCAUGGAAACACGGCAGGUGAAGUUUCAGGAUGAUGUUUGUCUGAAGGAAACCCUCCAUGGAUUGAUGAACGCAUCUUACAAGAUGUUUGGAAAACAAUUCCGGCCAUCACAGCCCAUGGAGAGGUCAAUUUCGUCUUCAAGCAAUGAACAGCAAGGCGAUCCUGAAGAUCAAGAACCCGGGGCACUGUAUGACGAAGAUUCGGAAGACUUCAUUACGACGAUGGCCAGUCUAGACCAAAAGGGAUUCGACUCUCUGUCCUAUGAGCUGUCUUCGAAUCAUCAAGCCCCUGACGAGAUAGAAGAGACUACAAUUUGGAAUGAUCUCUUAGCCGAAACCACACAUUUAGAGUUCACCUCUGCCGCGAUUGAUUUCAAAGACGUCGGAGUUGGCAAAUAG